AUGUCUCAUAAUAAAUUUAAUAUACAGCAUCUUCCGUAUGAAGUUCUUCAACAAAUUUUUAUACUUUCAGGCAAUCCGACAUUUGCUUUUGUAUCACGUUUAUUUCAUAAUAUCGCAACAUCUCAAACGAGUGUGAAAACUCAAUGGCUUUUACAUAAAUUUAAUUACGAUUACACUAAAGCAUUAUAUCGUGGCUUAAAAUGGCGAUUCUUUAAUAAAACGAUUUUAAAUCAAUUAGACUCGUUUUAUUAUUUAUCUAAAUUAAAGAGGGGCGAAAAUAGUUCAGAUGAAGUAAUUCAAGUAAUUCCGUGUAAAGAUCGUACCAUCCCUCAGUGGUUCUUCAGCGUUCCCGAUCCGAAAGGUACAUAUUACGAACUGGUAAAAAUUCUUCUCGAACGUGGCGCUUCUCCUAAUGAAUCUGAUGGUUAUCCAAUCAUCAAAUCUGCUCAACUUGGACGAAUCAAGAUGGCUAGGCUCUUGUUAACCUUCAAUGCUAAACCUGGUAUCAAGGAUAACAUGGCUUUGAAGGUGUCCGCAAAAGAAUCUGAUUUUGUCAUGGUCAAUUUGUUGAUAGAACGCGGUGCAAAACCUGAUUCAGAUACUUUGAGGAUAGCUGUGGAAAGGAAAAAUUGGAAUAUGGCCGAACUAUUGAUUAAACAUGGAGCUACGCCUUCUCCUGAUGUUAUUGCCGCCUUUGAGAAAAAUAAAUGA